UAAUUUCAUAUUUUUCCAUUAAAAUACUUAGCUUGCCUAUUACUUCGUUCUUUUACAAAGAUUAAAAAAAAAAAUCUAUUACUCUAGCAGAAAAAUACAUGGAAACCAUGUUUAUUUUGUUUCUACAAUCGUUUCAAAAACUUAAUUUCAACCCUUUCUACUUCAUCCCAUUCUUACUCUUUGUAAUACUUUUGUACAAGAACCUUUUAACAAGUCCGACAUCAAGAAAAAAUUUCCCACCAUCUCCACCAAAGCUUCCGAUCAUAGGGAACCUUCAUCAACUAAAUCCAUUGCUUCAUCGUUCACUUCAUUCAUUGUCACGACGAUAUGGCCACCUUAUGUUGCUACAUUUUGGUGGUAAGCCUACCUUAGUCGUUUCAUCGGUAGAUGCUGCCCGUGAAAUCAUGAAGACUCAUGACAUAAUCUUCUCAAACAGGCCAAAAUCACGGGUUGCCAGUAGUUUUUUUUAUGACUGCAAUGAUGUGGCCUUUUCGCCGUAUGGAGAGUAUUGGAAGCAGAUGAGGAGUAUUUGCGCGUUGCAGUUAUUGAGUAACAAAAGAGUUUCUUCUUUUAGAAGAAUAAGAGAAGAAGAAGUUGCAUUAGUUAUUGAAAAGAUAAAAAAGUUUCAAUCUUCAGUGGUAAAUUUGACUGACAUUUUAAUGUCAUUCACCAAUGAUGUAAUUAGCAGGGCCGCUUUUGGCAUGAAGUGUAACAGCAACAAUAACAACAGCGACAGCAACAGCAACAACAAGGGCGGUAUGAAUUUCAAAGAGCUCUUAUUUGAAGCAAUCGAGUUACUUCAGGAUUUUUGUUUAGGAGAUUUUGUACCUUGGCUUAGUUGGGUGGAUCGAGUAAGGGGUCUAGAAGGCCGAGUGCAAAAGGUCGCGAAAGGGUUAGAUGAGUUUCUUGAUACAGUAGUACAAGAACAUCAGAAUCUUCUGUGUUCGAAGGAAAACACUGAUGCAGAAUCUGAAGAAGGGAAGAAUGCUGGGAACUUUGUUGACUUUUUGCUUGAAUUUCGAAGGGAGAAGAAGAAUGUUUUUCUAUCAGACGAUAUCAAAGCUAUCACAAGAAUGAAAGCCAUUACUCUGGAUGUGUUUGCUGCUGGGACUGAACCAAUUUACGCGCUAAUAGAAUGGACAAUGUGUGAGCUGAUUAGGCAUCCCAAAAUUAUGAAAGAGCUACAAAAGGAGGUGAGAAAAAUCCCAGGCCCUAGGGUAACCGAAGACGACCUAGGCAAACUAGUUUAUCUAAAGGCUGUUAUCAAGGAAGCACUUAGGCUGCACCCUCCAGCUCCUUUGUUGCUCUUUCGAGAGCCGUCUCAGGAUGUCAAACUAUUUGGUUAUGACAUCAAAGCAGGGACACAAGUGAUUAUCAAUGCAUGGGCGAUCCAGAGAGACAUUAAUUUUUGGGAUGAACCAGAGGAAUUUCGUCGUGAGAGGUUCCUAGAUGGUAAUACAUUUGAUUUCAAAGGGCCAGAAAUGCAGUAUAUUCCAUUUGGAGGUGGUAGAAGAAUUUGUCCUGGGAUAUCAUUUACCAUUGUUAAUGUCGAGCUUAUUAUUGCGAAUCUCAUCUACGAGUUUGAUUGGAAAGUGCCUGAUGGAAUAGAUGAAUUAGAUGUGGCUGAAAGUGUAGGUUUCACCGUUCACAAGCUAAUUCCUCUUAAGGUUGUUGCAACUCCUUUUACAUGCAAGUAGCACAAUCUUGGAUGUUAUUGAAUCAAAACUAGAAGUAAAGUAUGUUUUCAUUAAGUCUAGUGAUCGUCGUAGUUUGUUGCAAAACCAUUAAGAAUACCAUAGAUUAGUAAGAUUGAGAGUCAUAAAUUCUUAAGAUCGGACAUAUUGUACCAAAGUAAGAUUGAGUUGUAAAUUCUUAAAGAUCGUACAUAUUGUACCAAUAAUAAUAGCUUAGGUAAUAAAAUCGAAUCGUAAAUUUUUAAGAUCGUACAUAUUUGUUGGAUAAAUGAGAAUAUCAUUGUAAUAUAUUUGGUGUGGAGUUAAUAAUUCAAGUGUUUAAAUUUGAAGUUUAA